AGCUCCUACGCCCCCUAGCUCAUGCGCCCAGCUCUGCAUCGAGCUCUGCAUCCCUGGCCUCUGCGCGCCUGCACUCUGCGCCUCACUGCCGGCCUUGCUUCCUGCACCUGCUCUGCACCGAAUCUAUCAAUCUCCAGCUCUGCACUGCGCCAGCCUUCCUCUGCACCAGAUCCCCUCUCUUCUGCGCCACCCACUGCCGGCAAUAAUGUCCCUUUGCACGCCAGCAUCACCGGCAAUCAUACCCCCUCUGCACCGAGCCUGCACUCUGCACACCGGCAAUCAUGCCUCUUGCACACCUCCUAUAACCCCCUACUUGCUGCUCUGCCUCUGCACGCUACAACAGCUCCAGACAAAUUAGCAUUAAUAUUGAUUGACAGAGCAAGGCUUUUUUAUUAUUUUUAUCUUUAUUUUUCUCUUUUAUUCGGGUAUAUAUAUAGAGAGAAAAAUCAGAUUGAAAGGGGUGGUUGUUGGUUGAUUUUGGGGUCUGUUUGCUGGGAGUCAUUGUUUUGGGUUUCGGGGGAAAAGGGAGAGAAGAAAACCGAGCUGAUUCCGGCGAUAUUUCAGCGUCCUUUUGCUAGGUAUUUUCCUGCAACAGAGGAGUCUUUUUGGGGAGGCAGUAAGGGGAAUGAUCUAGGCUUGAUCUCGUGGGUGGGAUCCGCCAGAUCGGACUCUGAUCUGUUACCCAGAAAACUCCGCCGUGUUUGUUUCUUUUGUCUUCCUGUUUCCGGGACAUGCUUUUGUGAUGUUUACGACACAACCACAACCCCUCACUCACUCUUGGUUUCAGCCACAACACCUUCUUGCUGCUCAACUGCUACAGAUCUACGUCUGCUGUUGGAGCUGCUUGCUGCCUCUGCCUCCUGUGCCGAACCCUUUGCUUGCUGCCUUUGGUGCCGGACCCUCUGCUUGCUGCCUCCUGUGUCGGACCCUUUGCUUGCUGCCUUCUGUGCCGGACCCUCUGAUUGCUGCCUCUUGUGCCGGACCCUCUGCUUGCUGCCUCUUGUGCCGGACCCUCUGCUUGUUGCCUGUGCUGGACCCUUUACUUGCUGCACCGUGCCGGACCCUCUGCUUGCUGCCUGUGCCGGAUCCUCUGCUUGCUGCAUUGUGUCGGAUCCUCUACUUGCUGCGCUGUGCCGGACCCCUUCUGCUUGUUGCCUGUGCCGAACCCCCUCUGCUUGCUGCCUGUGCCGAACCCCCUCUGCUUGUUGCUUGUGCCGGACCCUUUGCUUGUUGCACUAUGCCGGAUCCUCUGCUUGCAGCACUGUGCCGAACCCCCUCUGCUUGCUGCCUGUGCUGGACCCUCUGCUUGCUACUUGUGCCAAACUCCCUCUCGGCAUCCAAUGGUAAGAAGUUUAAUAAUUUGAUUAUGGUUAA